CCGGCAGGCAAAGAGAACGCGACAUAAAAAUACAACCGGUGAGCGCAAACGCGCGUUCGACGAAUACAAAUCCAAAAUAUAAGCGCGAAGCGCCUUAGACAGCGCACUAGUGCUAGUUGAGUGAUGACCGCGAUCACUAAUGCUCCCGGCAAACAAACAAACCGUGUUAACGAGCGCACACGCAUGCACGCACCGACAAUAUUCUAGUUUGUAAUUCCGGAAGCAGCAAUACUCUUCAUUACGUUAGAACAGGCUAAACUUAAACAUUGUGUGGUUUGAACUCAGUGGGGUAUGUGGUAUUUGUGGUUGUGAUUGAUAUUGUGAUAAAGACUCCUCUGCGAAUAAAAAUAAAAAUAAAAAAAUCAUGGAGGAUGAAAUUAAACCAUUUUUGGGUAAAGACGAACAAGGAAUUCCUUUCAUACAAAAUGGACCUUAUCGACUGCGUUUAGACCUGGAAGAACUAGACGAUGUUUACAAGAAACGUGCGGAAGAAGAAAUCGGUGAAAAUGACGAAGUUUUAAAAACUUGUCUUGCGAAAUUGAAGUCACUGAUUGACGGCGAAAAAGGAUUACAUAUACCUCGCGAUGAUGUUUUUCUUAUGAAAUUUCUUCGUCCCUGCAAACUGGACGCAGAUAAAGCGUUCAAAAAAAUGAAAUCGCUUUAUAAAUUAAUCUACAAAAAUCCAAACUACAUGUAUAAUAUCACACCGAAAGUGGUGCGUGAUGUAUUUACCACUGGCAUUAUUCACUUCUUGCCGUAUCGUGCCGAAGGUACUAGAAUCAUGGUGUUUGAGAUCGAAAAAUGGGAUCCGAAGGUAGUCCCGUUGGAAAUGAUUUCAAAAACCAUCGUAGUUGGUGUUGAAAUCGCCAUGAAAGAACCCAAAUCGCAAUUAUGUGGAGUACACGUUAUUCUUGACACAAAGGGCAUGAAUAUGAAUCAUGUUCUUGCCUGCAAUCCGUGGAUUGCUAAACUUCUGAUGGACUUUAUUAAGAAUGUACCGCUGCGUGUAAAAGGCAUCCACGUUAUAAAUCAACCGAAAAUAUUCGACAUUGCUUACGCCAUCUUCAAGCCCUUUAUUCGAGGGCGUCUCAAGCGUGAGAUUAUUCUUCAUGGCAAUGAUUGGGACACAUUGUUCGAGCACAUCUCACCGAAGCAUUUGCCGGUGCGUUACGGCGGUGAAGUUGAUAUUCCGAAUAUUCCCGGCGAGAUGAUGGUCGAAAUGAUGCAAUAUUACGAAAAAGACUUUGAAGAACAUCUAGGAUAUGGCUAUCACAAAAAGAGUUGAACGUAUUUUUAUCAUCAUUAACUGGAUCGAAAGUAACUAUAUCGCUAUUUAUUAGAUUUUUAACAGUUAUUAUAUAAUAAAAAAAAGAAUUAGUUGUAAGACGAUUUUAUACUUUGUAUAUUUUGUGAUAUGAUAAGAGUUUAUAUUAUAACAACUAAAUUUAUGACUAAAUGCUACUUAAAUCUACUUUAGGCUGAAACAGUCUAUUUACGCAAGUUCCGUUAUAGAAGCAUUACAACGUGGAAUAAUUUAACAAUGUGUAUUGUUCAUCAUUUUUGUCUUAUCAUGACCCGUUGUACUACUUUCAGACGAAAGUAUGUUUUAUUCAUUUUUCUGAGGCGUUACUAGCAUGAAAGUCUGCUAAAAUUGAUUUAAUUAAUUCAUUUUGAUGAAUUUAAAUAUUUGUGAAAUAUUCUUCUUAAAAUGUGUACUAUGAUUAACAGGGAAAUGAGAACAUCGACAUUAAACAAUAAUUGAGAACUUUC